AAAUGCAGGGGGAUGUGGGAGCUGGAGGAAAAGCAAGAGACGAGGAACUCACUACCAACACCAACAGCUCUUAAGCAGUCAGAAUCCAAUCCCAACAGUCGCCAUGGAAGCCGCCAUCAACGUCCUGGUCUCCCAGUUCAAGACCCAUGCUGGCAAGGACGGCGCAGCCACCACACUCAGCAAGGAAGAGUUCCACAGCCUGGUGAAGAGCGACCUGCCCAACCUGGUCAAGAAUUCAGCCGACCCAGCAGUGAUUGAUCGGCUAAUGAGCUCGCUGGACGAAAACAACGACGGGGAGCUGACAUUCAAUGAGUUCUGGCAGCUGAUCGGAACCCUGGCUGGCAAACAAGCAGGACUCACUCAGUAGAAUUGUACGGCCUUUCCUGAGGAUUGCGCAAUGAAUUUGAGUGCAAUAAACUGUAUUCACUGUACCCUGAAGGGCAUUUACCUCUAAUUAAUUUUCCCAUUUAUGUCUUCAUGAUGUUGGAAGAGUUUGUUUAAGCAAUUUCUGAGAUCGUAAAAUGUUGAAUAAAGACGUUUUU